AUGCUCUCCCGCUCGGCGACUUCACCCGCCGUGGCACGCGACUCUUCCUCACUCGCCGUCAAUCCUGCAAGUCCACCAAGCCUCGCCCGUCACGACGCGGCAUCGCCACUGUGGCAUUCGUCAGACCACUCCUCGUCUUCUGUGGCCUCGAAUCUCAAACAAGGCGCCGAUAUUCGCAAUGACAGUCCCCAGCCACGCUUCACCAUGGACCCGGAGGGGCAUCUCACUCAUGACAAAACCACCGUCGACAUCAUCACCGUUCCAUGCCCGGGCGGCCAUCCCCUGCGCAGCUGGAACCGCGACGGCCUCAUGAGCCGCUACUAUGGCGCUUUGUCCAUGAGAGACCCCGAAGUGAAAGAUGACGCUGAGCGGCCAACGCCUUCGUGGGUGAGGCAAGGCAUAAGACGGGAGGCGGACAAGGCGCGCAUCUUGCUGUACGAGCAUCCAGAGAUGGACGAGGGCACGACUCUCCACACCCUUGCGGAUGAGCUGUUGCGGAAUUUACAGCGUCUAAGGGAGAUGGAGGACGAUGAGCGGCCAAUCCUGUUUAUUGGACACAGCCUCGGCGGGCUGGCGGUCAAGAUGGCGCUGGUCAAGGCAAGUAACGAGGCGAGAUAUGAGAAUAUUUUGAGGCAGUGCUACGGAGUCGCCUUUUUUGGAACACCUCACCAGGGCUCGAGCUACUUUUCCCUCCCCAGCCUGGCAUGCAGCAUCCAAUCCCUGCUCCAACUCUCCUCGCCUCUCCCUCCCUCGGUGACGCAUCAUCUCCGCGUGGGCAACAGCGUCCUCACGCGCCUCGACGAAGACUUCAAAGCCGCAUCCAAUGACCUCCAAGUGUGGACAUUCUACGAGACCAUCGACUCUCGCCUCUCCGGGGGCAAUGCCACGGCCGGACCGGACUCGAGAGACGUCGACUUUACGGCGCCGCUGACGUCCAUGAAAUCCGCCAUCCUGGGCAUGCGACAGGAGCGCAUCUUCCCUCUACAAAGCGACCACGCCAACAUGGCCUCCUUUGGCAGACACAAUGUGCACACGCUGCAGAUGUUCCUGAAACAGCUGGCCCACCAAGUCUGCCACGCGGACACGAAUGCGCGGGCGAAAGAAUCCAGCGGCCAGUGGACGUUGGAGCUGGAGCAAAAGGUCAACGUCGAGGUGCACGGCUUCUUUGACGACGCGCCGCCCAGCCAAGGCCAGCAUGGAGACGACGACAUGGACGGUCCGAUUGUCCGGGCGUGGAGCACAAGAGUACCGCUGAGAGAGUUCUUAACCAAGGGCCCCGACGAGUGUCUGAGCGAACGGCUAAACGAGGUGGAAGGCAGUCCAGAGGAGGAGAGGGCAUCGCGACAUCGUGGACGGACGCCACUCGCCGACAAGGCAAGCGAGACGGCACCCGUACCGCCCGCCGCCCCGAAUCUCAUGACCGUCCAUAAUGCGCUGGGGAUACGGGAUGCCCUGUCGAGCGCGGGACUUGUACCGUCGCCCGCGUCGCCGAUGGAUUCAUGUUCGGCCGGACACGCUGCCCAUUCGGCGCCGGCGGCCACACCCCGUGGUCCGAAGACGCCCCCUUCACGGGCGAUUUCUCCCAAAUCGAGCCCCAUUCGCCGGCCGUCGCCGCUGAUACGAGCAGACAGGGAGCAGGAGCUGGCGGUGGAUCGUCUCUCGGCGCCGCUCCGGGGCCGUAUGGGCGGCCGCGCGAUGAGCCGCUCCUUCAGCUUGGGCAGCGACGGAUCCCGCUUCGAGGACAGGGACUUGGCGCCGUUUUCCCCUCGAAGCCGGAGUAGUAUCGGUGACGUGCUCGCCAGCGACGACGAGGACAUGGAGUUGCCGAGGCUGCCGGGGGCUGUGGCUGCCCGCGAGGUUGUCGACGAGGCGCCCGGGGCGUUUAUGAAGCCGGAUGUCAGGAGCCGCAAGUUUGUGUGGGUGCAUGUGCCGUUUAAUAACCCGACUUGGGUCAAGGUGAGUUCAGUGUUGCUGCGUUCAGAGGAGCGUUCACGCCGUAGUGCUGACCCUUUCCUUGCAGAGUGUCCUGCAGUCUCUGGAAGCGUCGUACAGCGAGGACUAUUCCACAUUGUACGGACAGGACUUUUGGAUGACGAGACAUACCAGGGGAAGGCACGCGCAGCACUAUGCACACUACGCGAAGCCGGGAUGCUACUUUUCUGCACCGAGAGCCUGCAAGUCCUUGAUGCCCUGAACUUGAAAGGCGACAGCCCGCUGACUUGGUAUAUAGUGUCCCCUCGACAUCGAUCCCUCGGGAACCAGUCGCUCUCACCACCCCUUGGAAGCGGCGACUCUGCUUACACUUGCUUGUUUCUUCCGUACCUCCACUUUGACUCGUACAAGAAGCUCCUGCGACGCCGGGAUACCAUCACCCAGCGUCUCUCCCAGGGCCGCGCGCACCCGGUCCCGGAAACGGUUGCCAAGUCUGAUUCGCUCGAAGUCCAAGUUAUUUGGGAGUAUCUGGGUCACGAUCCGCCCAUCAACUGUCGACGUACGCUGGACCAGUAUGGGUAUCCGUCCCUGCGCGACACCCGAUCGCGCGAUGACGAUCAGAUGCUGUACAAGCUCACCAAGGAACGGACGCCUGCACCCGACGCCAAAGGUUUCGCGCUGAACAAACAGGGUUCGAGCAACGCCGCCAUUUCGGAGAGCGGCCGAAGUGAGCGCAGCUCGGGCAGCAGUUGGCGGGAGCGGCUUUUCCGGCGCGACGUGAACGACGACGAGGACAGGGUGUUGAACGGAAACGUGCUGAUGGUAGACCAGCUGUGGCUCUGGGUCAUUCAAUCGCACACGGUUGUAUCCUUCUUCCCCAGGAGAGAAAGCGACCCCAUAGAAGGCCCGUUAUACCAACAGGCCGACCUCCGAGACAGCAUCUUCAACGAAGUCAACGUCGACCUGACGCGGCAGUGCGAAAACGCCCUCGAUCUAGCCGCCCUGGCCGCCCUCCACGCCGUCAGCGUCCUGCUCGACCGGCCGUCCCACCCGGACCUCGAAGUAUUCCGCAUCUUCGAAGAAGCCAUCAGCGUGCUCGUAAGUCCACCUCCCUUCCCUGCCUCCAACCAAGCGCCCAGCCUAAUCCGCCAGACCGAGCGCCUCACCUCGUCCCUCAAGGAAUUCCGCUCCCAAGGCUUCCGCGACAAGGCCCUCGACCACUCGCCCGUGCAAGACGGCGCGCGCACCAUCCGCAAGCGCCACAAGGAGGAGGGCCGCCGCGCCGAGCGCGACAACCGCGACAACACCUCUGCGCUCCUCGAGCUGCGCGACAUGGAGGACGAGCUCCAGACGCUCCUGCACCUGUUCGAGCGGCAGUCCCGCGUCGCCGCGUCCAUGCACGCCGCCUACAGCCGGCCCGAGCUGCGCGAGCGGGCGGCCAACGGGCGCGCCUUUCUCGACGAGGUGCGCCUGAGCCGGCUGCACGCCGACCUGGCGAGCGCGCAGUCGCGGAGCGUCAUGAUCUUCACCACCUUCACCGUCAUCUUCCUCCCGCUUACCUUCUUCACGGGCCUGUUUGGCAUGAACACCCGCGAGUGGGGGGGCGAGAAUAACUUGUCCCUCGAGACGAUUGGCAUGAUUGCCGUUCCGUCGAGCGCGGUGCUGGUGCUGGCUAGUUUGGUUGUUGCGUUUAGUUCGAGCGCCCGCCGGUUUUUCCGGUGGGUGGACGGGCGGUAUCGGCACGCGGCGCGGCGGGUGUAUUUUGAGAUUUGGGGCCCGGUGGUGGUCAGGCUGGUUGAUUUGGGGGGGAGGUUGAGGCGCAGAAGUAAGGGGGGGGAUGAGGAGGGGCCGAGGAGGAGGAGGAGGCUGGAGACGGAGGUGAGUGAUUUCUGGGAGAGGAACCGGCCGGAGAGAGAGGGGGGGUACAGGAUCCCAGAGGUGAAUAGGCGGAGGGUCCGGGUUGGCGAUGCGACGGGGACGGCGAGGUGA